AUGGCGGGCGGGGCUCGAGAGGUACUUACGCUUCAGUUGGGGCAUUUUGCCGGUUUCGUGGGAGCGCACUGGUGGAACCAGCAGGAUGCUGCUCUGGGCCGCACGAAUGACGCCAAGGAACUGCCAGGAGAGCUGUGCCCCGACGUCCUAUACCGGACGGGCCAGACCUUGCACGGCCAGGACACCUACACACCACGACUCAUCCUCAUGGAUCUGAAGGGUAGUCUGAGUUCCUUAAAACAAGAAGGUGGACUCUACAGAGACAAGCUAGAUGCUGCAAUAGCAUGGCAGGGGAAGCUCACCACACACAAAGAGGAACUCUGUCCUAAGAAUCCUUAUCUCCAGGACCUGCUGAGUGCAGAGGGAGUGCUGAAUAGUGAUGAUAUCUGGAGGGUUAAGUCUAUUCCCAAUGGCAAAGGUGCCCUACCAUUCACCACUUGUAAAAUGCUCACAUCACCCACCCCCACAGAGGGCAGCAUCAGAGUUUGGUCAGAUUUCCUCCGUGUCCCUCUCCAUCCCCGAAGCAUCUGUAUGAUUCACAAGUACAACCAUGAUGGGGAGACAGGUCGACUAGAGGCUUUUGGCCAAGGGGAGAGUAUCCUGAAGGAGCCUGGGUACCUGGAAGAGCUGGAGGACAGAUUGCACUUCUACGUGGAGGAGUGUGACUACCUUCAGGGUUUCCAGAUCCUCUGUGACCUGCAUGAUGGCUUCUCUGGGGUAGGUGCUAAGACCACAGAGUUGCUACAGGAUGAGUACUCAGGGCGAGGCAUAAUAGCCUGGGGCCUGCUCCCUGCUCCAUACAGUCUUGGGGAGCCCCAGAAGAAUAUCUACCGGCUGUUAAACACAGCUUUUGGCCUGGUGCACUUGGCUGCUCACAGCUCACUUGUCUGCCCCUUAUCCUUGGGUGGGAGCCUAGGACUGCGGCCUGAGCCACCUGUCACCUUUCCACACCUGCAUUAUGAUGCCACCAUGCCCUUUCACUGCAGUGCUGUCCUAGCUACCGCCCUGGAUACACUCACUGUCCCUUAUCGCCUACGCUCCUCACCAGUGUCCAUGGUCCAUCUGGCUGAUAUGCUGAGUUUCUCUGGAAAAAAGAUGGUGACAGCAGGCGCCACCAUUCCUUUCCCUUCAAGCCAGUCCCUUCCUGAUACCCUCAUGCAGCUUGGUGGAGCCACCCCAUGGACCCCACUGUCUGCAUGUGGGAACCCAUCUGGGACACGCUGUUUUGCCCAGUCUGUGGUGCUGAGGGGCAUAGAGGGUGCACGCCACACCAGUCAGCUCACCCCAGGGACAGCUCUGCCCUCCCCACUCCAUGCCUGUGCCACUGGGGAAGAAGUCUUGGCCCAGUAUUUACAGCAGCAGCAGCCCAGCGCUGUGAGUUCUUCUCAUCUGCUGCUGACUCCUUGCAAAGUGGUUCCUCCUUAUCCAUACCUCUUCUCCUCAAGCCUCAGCCAGCAGGGUUUGGUUCUGGAUGGUUCUCCUACUGAUGCAGCAGUAGAGAGCAUCCCAGUAUUUGGGGCCCUGUGCUCGUCUUCAUCUUUGCACCAGACCCUGGGAGGCUUGGCUAAAGAGCUCAGCAGACUGGACUUGCGGCGCUGGGCCAGCUUCAUGGCUGCUGGAGUGGAACAGGAUGAUCUCGAGGAGGUGCUGCAGGAGCUGUACAGCCUGGCCCAGUGCUACCAGGACAGCGAAGGCCUCAUGGACUAA